GGCUCAAUAGUGACGUGAACGUUACUAGACUUCACUGGAGUCAUUGAUCACAGUUACAGAUUUCCUCAAGCGGCGAACGACUUGCAGGACAAAGCUAAGGAAUCUAUCAACUUUGCAGUAACUCAAGCUGCGUUAAGCAAGAUCUUUUACAUCAGAAGACUCCUCAGUGACGCGCAGAGGCUCAUUAGUGACGCGAAUGUUACUUCAUUUCACUGCAGUCAUUGAUCACAGUUACGAAUUUCCUCAGGCGACUAACGAGUUUGCAGGAGACAGCUAAGUAAUCGAUCAAUUUUGCAAUAACUCAAGCUGAGUUAAGCCGGAUCUUUUACAUCACAAGACACCGAUCAGUGUUGCGGUAACCCUUCAACCAACAGCUUCGCAAAACAGCUGAGUUGAACCUUACUCUCCACAGGAUCAGUACUAAAGGCUAAAAUGGACAGAAACGAAAAGCUAAAUCUUUUGGAGAUGGACGAGGAAGAACGCGAGAAAAUGAACCUUGAUCAAGAGGAAAUAAUCGGCAUGAUCAACCUUUUGCCCGAGGAUGUAAAGCAGCAAGAUAGAAGAGAUUUGAAAUUGCUUCGGGAGAAAACAGAGAAGAUGGAUUCCAACGCCAAAAAGACCAUUAGGAGCCUUCGUGAAGCAGCAAAUAGACUAGACGACGUGUGGAGGGACUGCAAGACAGCACACGCGGUUGGAACCAGCGCUGGAAUAGUGGGAGGAAUUCUCUCAAUCGGUGGAGGAAUUGCGGCGAUACUGACAGCUGGGGCUGCUACUCCUUUGUUCAUAGCAGGAUUGUGUGUUGGAGGCGCUGGAGCCACUACAAACCUUGGGACAGCCAUCGCUGAAGGUCUGAUAAAUUCUGAUGAAAUCAAAAAGGCCGAGAAACACUUGGGUGAGACCGUAGACAGUGUAAACGAGGUAAACAGGAUCGUCCAAACGGAUUUUAUUGUGAAAGAUAGAGUAAGGCUCAUCUAUAUUUAUUACCUUGCCAAAACUCUCAAGUUAGGAAGCCCUUGGGUCAUGAGGAUUCUUCGGGAGGUGGUGUUUUUCGCUGUAGGAACACCUAUUAAAAUCGUAGUACAAGUAGCAGAAAAGGUAGUGGCAUGUGCGAGUCAGGCCGGUGCAAAAGCUGCAGUCCAAGGUGGUGCUCAAGGGGCGGGAAAGGCAGCUGCGCAAUCUGUUGACGAUGUGGUACGAGCAACGGGUCAGGCUGGAGCACAAGCUGCUGAUGACGUGGUCAAAGCAGGUACCAGAGCGGGCUCUGAGGCAGUCGGCGAAAUUGUCGGUAAUGUCGUUAUUGCCGUCAAUGUCGCAUUCGUGGUGUUCGAUGCCAUAGACCUCGGCUUCACGAUCAGGGAUCUCGUUGAAAACAAGGGAUCUGAUGCUGCAAAAGCUCUAAGACGAAAGGCAAGAGGCCUCGAGGACGCCAUGAAGCAGUGAAAAUCAGCAAAAAGGGAAGAGUUCGAAACAAUUUCAAGUCAUAAACAAAAUUAAGAUUAAUUUGCACUGGCGUGAACAUUUUCGUCAGUUUGUUGCACUUUGCCAUUUUGUUAAGAGAAAAUUACAUUUAAGGACUGCAUUAACGGCAUUUAGCAAGUUCUCUUUUUUGUGUGGCUUCUUUCGAUUAUCAGUUCAAUUUGUAUGUAAUAAAAUAGCUGGAUAUUUUUAAAGUGACGAACUUCCGAGGUCUUCUGGGUUGACGCCUGCAUGUCUGAGGGAAAAUUAUUCAAUGCUUGCCUUUCGGUGAGGAGAAAGACCAUCUUUACAUUUAUCUACUUUCCCAGUUUAAUGAGGAACUGCGGCAUAGCUUCAAAGAAAUCCUUAAUAUACCCGAACGCAAAGACCCUUGUAAGGAAUGUUUGGAACAGUCUUGAGAUAAUUACUUUCCCUUCUUUUUCAGUUGUAUGUCUCUCAUUGCAAUGAUACGAAGUCCAAAGUCCUUGAAAAUUCUUUGACUUUACGAGACAAAGAUUCAUUGGCUAUUGCGCGAGGCAGUUCGACGAAUUUUUAUGACGGAAAUGCUCAAAGUGGUAAGCACCUGAUUACGAAAAUCCCCACCACGAUAGAGCCGACCACGUGGUCAGGACACAUUUGUUUCAUCCCGCCUGCUCGUAUCCUAUCCUAUCCUUGAUCGUUUUUGUAUUGUUUUGUUUGUGAAAUUGGGGUGCUCACCUUCAUGGAACAUUUAAUUUCCACCCUACUUCUCCCAGCGACAGUCAUUUAAGGCCGGCUGAGCUUGCUCUCAGAAUAGGCAUAUAUUGACAACAGAUAAGUAGAAAGCGAUGGAAGACUGUACCCAUUUCUAAAGGUUAUUUCUUUUCAAAGACUGAAACAGCAGAAGUUAGAAAAGAUAUUCUAGUUCAUUCGAAUCCCUAGGCAAAGAUGAAAAAUUUAGCAUAUCUCACGUAAGCAAACA